AUGCCACUUGGCCGCACUCCGAAGUACAAGAACAGACUGAAGCCUUAUCCGAGCCCUGAGGAUCUCAAGUCUUCGCCGCCUUCCGACAGCCUCUCGCCUUCUUCCUCGGAACGCUCCUCCAGCCAGUCUCCUUCCCGCCGCGACCGUGAGAACACUGUCGCAUCGAUAGCGACGGCUGUUUUCGAGGACUUUUCCUUCACAUCUCCCGAAACAGUCUUGGACGUGGGUCCGCCAACUCCACCACAAUACGACCCGACGACUGCAGUCUUCAUCGAGCCGAACCUGUCAGAACUCUGUCUCGAGUGGUGCAGCGGGCCGGAAAUCAUUCCCUCGGCGAUUGCAGAGGUUAACUCGCCACUGCUUCAACAGCAUGGCGAUGGAUCAGUAACAAUGCAGCUCCCAACGGGCGAAGCACGGCUAUUCGGCGACGAGAUGGGUAGAGGCAGCAGCAACAACGACGACGACGAAAAUAACAGCAAUUCCAGCCGUUCCAGCAACUCCAGCAAACAACAGCAACAGCAACAAAGAAAACAUCAGCACUCAGCCUGCAACUGCUUCGAGGUCGUCAGCUGCACGAUGCGGAAUCUGCAACAAUGCCCCGUGGAAGGGACGGGACUCGACCAGAUGCUACAUCUCGGCAGAUCAAUGCUGAGCGCCAUCACCGACGACUUUCUCGCGUGUAGCGGGCCACACAGCACAUCCUUGCUGCUCUUCAUCUACACGUGCCUCCUUCAGCUCCUGGCCACGUACAGUGAGACUUGGUACAGCGGAUGCGGUUCGCUGAUCCGGUUUGGGACGUUCGUCAUAGAUGGAGAAGAUGAAUAUGCGUUGAAGCAGAAGGUCAUCCUUCUCGAGAUACGGAAGGUCACUUUGGUGGUAGAUCGACUCGCAGGCUUGAAUGGGCGAGGGCAAGGGGACUUUCUGGAAGCUGGUCGAGCAAGUGAUGGGACCCACGAAGAUUCAACUCUUUCGUACAUGCGUGGCUUUGUCAAAGACGAGGCCUGUCGUGUAUCUAGAAAGAUAGAACAGGAUAAAGAGAAGCAGCAUCGUUCAGCAGCCAGCCAGUCAUGGUUCUAA